ACGAUUCAGACGGUAGUUAACAUUCAUAAUAGUCACAGAUCCGACUGUAAAGAUCACACGUAGCAUGGCAACUGUUAUAAAAGACGCGCAUUAGUUAAAAAAAAGUCACUUCCAACUAAAGUAUGAAACGCGUUACUUCGUCUUGGAAAAUGAUUUAUAAUCUUUUCUCGUUAGUGUCGUGAUAAUGUCAUCUCGCUUAUCGUCAGCGUUUGUCAUAGUGACGUAAAGGUGUCUUUACAUUUUAAAAUUUAAUUGCUGAAAGAAAUCUAAGCGAUGUGAUAGUGCAAUCGCAUUAACUCACAUUCAAAGAGAAAAUUGCGGUACGAAUCUACGUCCAUUAGAAAUUCUCGGGAUGAUAAGCGGAAUUGCGUGCCUGUGAUAAAUCGUGUAGCGAGUCACGGUAACGGAAAUAAACUAUGAAUCCUGAUAUCAGCUUUAUCAUUGCUUGAUCUCGACGCCUUUCAGUUGGAACUGUCAGUGUCUGAGCCGUUUAGGUUACAUGUAAAUAUAUAACCGAUUUGCUGCACGCUAUACGAUCUCGUGGCGAAUGUAAUUAAAAAUCUCAUUGAUCUCGUAUUCCGACUUCGUUCAUCAUGUCUAAACGACUGUUAACUAAAGAAACCAGAGAUUAUUUAUUUAGCACACACUUCUGGGGCCCGGUAUUCAACUGGAUGAUACCUAUAGCGGCUAUAGCUGACAUGCGAAAGCAUCCAAAAAUCAUUAGCGGCAAAAUGACUUUAGCUUUGGUCCUGUAUUCUCUGGUAUUCAUGCGGUUUGCUUGGAAAGUAAAACCGCGAAAUUUGUUGCUGCUUGCAUGCCACGCAACAAACGCCGGGGCUCAAAUGGGGCAAGGUUACAGAUUUCUCGAUUAUCACUACAGCCAACAGAAAGAGCCCGAACAGAAAAAAUAAGAUGGGAAACUAGUAUCCACGCGAGUAUUUCGUUACAACAACUACUUAUUUGCAAAUAUAU